ACGGUUGCCGGGCAACCGACGGUGGGCGGGACAUCGGAGACAGCAGAGGGAGCGGCGUUGGGCGGGGCUUCGCUCCUUCCAAGUGUGCCUGAAGGAACUCCGCGUAAGCGGCGCUGCUCUCUAACCCCCGGGGGAGUCCGACACCACACAGCUACGCAGUAGCCGUACUCGCUGUCCAGUCCUGAGUUUGUCACGAGUGUUUGUCAGCUGUGAGCGCCGGUAAACGUUCCGGAGAAGAUGUCGAACGUAAACUGGAAGCCUUUCGUUUUCGGCGGACUGGCCUCUGUGACGGCGGAAUGCGGUACGUUCCCAAUCGACUUAGCAAAGACGCGUCUCCAGGUUCAAGGCCAGGUGGGCGACCGAAGAUACAGAGAGAUCCGCUACAGGGGCAUGCUCCAUGCCAUCAUGAGGAUCGGGCGGGAGGAGGGGCUCCGGGCCCUUUAUUCAGGAAUUGCUCCUGCCAUGCUUCGCCAAGCCUCCUAUGGCACCAUCAAAAUCGGCACAUACCAGAGCCUCAAGAGGCUUCUGGUUGACAGGCCUGAGGACGAGACACUGCUGACCAACGUGGCGUGCGGCAUUCUCUCCGGAGUCGUCUCCUCCUCCAUUGCCAACCCCACUGAUGUCCUGAAGAUCCGAAUGCAAGCUCAGGGAAAUGUCAUCCAAGGCAGCAUGAUGGGUAACUUUAUUAACAUCUACCAGGAGGAGGGAACCAGAGGACUUUGGAAAGGCGUUUCUCUGACGGCGCAGAGGGCAGCCAUCGUGGUCGGCGUUGAGCUUCCGGUCUAUGACAUCACCAAGAAGCACCUGAUCCUGUCGGGCUACAUGGGGGACACUGUGUACACGCACUUCUUGUCAAGUUUCGUGUGCGGCCUGGCGGGCGCUUUGGCCUCCAAUCCAGUGGAUGUAGUGCGGACGCGCAUGAUGAACCAGCGAGGAGGGGCCCUCUACCAGGGGACGCUGGACUGCUUGCUGCAGACGUGGCGCUCCGAGGGUUUCAUGGCUCUCUAUAAAGGCUUCUUCCCCAACUGGCUGCGCCUGGGACCCUGGAACAUCAUCUUCUUCCUCACUUACGAGCAGCUGAAGAAGAUCGAUGUGUGAUUAUUUAUUCUUUUAAAAAGUGGUACGGCGACGAGCGUGAAGCUCUAGGACGAUCGGAGAGGACCAAAAUCGGGAGCGGCUGGGCGGCGGCAACGGUAGACUUCUGAUGGAAACGGCAGGCCGGGGUCUGGGUCUGAUUCCUGUUUUAGGCUGGAAAAGGUGGAAGUUACUACAGCACAGGCUGUCGUCCCAGUUGUGGAGGGGUUUCAGCAUCUUUCCUAAGCCUUUACAUCUCAGUCAUUCACACGUCAGCCAAACUGUGACUGUGGAUGAACAUAAAAUUGAAUUUUUUCAAUCAGAACCUGGUUUCAGGUUCCGGGCUUAUUUAUAAACCCACAUUUCUCUCCAAACUUGAGUGCCUUAGACUGGGGAUGUCCCUGUUUUUUUUUUUGUGUGUGAAUGUAUAUAAGCUGUAGGAUGGACUGAGACUGUUACAAUGAUCAUUCCCUGUUGGAAACCCCUCCCCAAAAGGUUUUGGACUUAGAAGGAGUCAAAAGUGUUUCUAAGAUGAAAAAUAAAUAAUGCAUUUUUUGUUCUAUUUAUCGUAAAAAGAGCCAUUUUUCCAUAAAUGGCUGAGUCAGCAGGGUUGUUGCAAAUACAUGUUAGUAAUAGGAGGGCAAUUAAAAACAAAUGGCAGAUUAUUUUCUGAUCUGCAAUCUACGUCCAAUCUCUGCUGACGUUUGUACUUUGCGGCCAAGUAGUUUGCCGUCAUGCACUGUGCUUUUGUGAAUUUUUAGGAAUGAAAAUGUAAAUGUGAGCUUUUAAUGCUGCCAAAGUUAAGCCAGGGUUUAUUUUUGCUAUUAUUCUGAUGGGUUUUUUUGCCAAUCCAGCUGCAGAUCUGGCUUUUCAAAAUAAAAAAAAAGGUACUUAAA